AUGGUAGUGAUGCAGUCUCAACAGCCCACUGUUACCGUACCAUCCAACCAUCCUAUAUUCGCUUUUACCAUCAAAUAUGGUCUUUCAUGUACAGCGGCGACGUUUGCCGAAACUGGUACGUUUUAUGCAUUUUGUUAGUUAUGUUUCAUUUUUAGUCACAUAUCCUCUGGAUAUUACAAAGACGAGGCUACAAGUCUCCACAAAAUCGACCGGUAAAAGGCCGAGUAUGAUACGAAUGAGUUAUAACAUUGCCAAGAAGGAGGGAAUGUCGAGUUUGUGGUUGGGAGUCUGGCCAGCGAUUUGUAGGCAUUAUGGUAAGGUUUGUGAUGUUUUGUAAAAAUAUUUUUGCAAAAGAAAUAAAUAUAUAAAGUAAUAUUUUAGGUAACAAAUUACGUGUCACCUUAUUAACUAAUGAUUUAUUGUAUUUUUGUAUAUUUUAGUGUACACGGGUGUGCGGACUGGAAUAUACGAGGUAAUCAGGAACAAUUGGCACGAUCGGAAGAAGGAGAAGAGAUUCCCAGUCUGGUAAGCAAUGUCAUUAUAUUGUGGACGCCUUUAGGAAGGCGAUGAUCUCAGGUUUGACGGCUGGAGCGGUGGGUCAGUUUGUUUCUAGUCCAGCUGACUUGGUCAAGGUCCAAAUGCAAACAGAAGGAUUGAGAAAGCGACAAGGACUGCCGCCAAGGUAGGGUAUUUUAUGUUAUAGGAUCCAUCGUUACGAUAUUGUUGUUCACAUUUUUUAAUUAUUUGGAUAGAUUUAAUGCUUCUUUAGUAAUGGUAUCUUUACUUUUAUUUUACCUAUCUUGCUGUUUUUGCUGAAAUAAAACGUAGAAAAUAAUCUUAUUUUAGGUAUAAAGGAGCAUUUGAUGCCUUUUCUCAUCUGUACAGGUCACAAGGUAUUAGAGGGCUUUGGCUGGGUUGGGUGCCGAAUUGUCAAAGGGCAGCUCUACUCAACAUGGCUGGUAAGGUUUAUUAAUAUAAACAAGUUUUUUUGUUUUAGAAUUAGUUUUAGGUAAUAUGUAAUUAUAAUAUCUGUAAGAGCUUUAAAUAAAGCACCUUUACUAAUAGUAUUAUAUAUAUAUCUUUGAAGGAGUUAUAAAAUUUUGAAUAGAUCUGGCAACAUACGAUCGCACGAAGAGGUUUGUACUAGAGAAUACGAAUCUGAAGGACAACUGGGCUUGUCACAUGUGUGCCAGUGCUUUUUCGGGCUUGGCCGCCGCGAUUGUAUCUACACCAGCAGACGUAGUUAAGACGAGAAUCAUGGAUCAGAUCAGACAGGAAUUUGAUGGGGGAGGGUGAGUUUUUGAAAGUAGCUUGUCAUACAUAUGAAUUUUGAUAGUUGUCGGGUUUAUAUUUGUGGUUUACAACAAAACUAUGCUUUGAUAAGUUUUUGUGUUUGAGAAUGUUGUUGAAGGCUGAUAGUCAGACGUGUUCGUAGAGAAAAAUACAUUUUUUAUUUGUAGUUAAUUUUUAAAAAAUCUCUUUUCUACGUCUGAAAUGAAAUACUGAUUUGUGUUACAGAACGUUCCGACGACGUUACAAAGGGUCGAUUCACUGUUUGAGGUUGAUUGUGAGGACAGAAGGAUUCUGGGCUUUGUACAGAGGGUUCCUACCGACCUACGUCAGAAUGGUAAGCGUGUAUUAAAUUUGAAAUAGCGUAAAACCUUGCAAAGUAAACGUAUUUUAUGUUGUGAUCGAGCCUAAAUUGGUUUUUUACUUGAGUUGUUUUAAAAAAAGAAAUACUUUUGUUACCUUCAAAUUUGUAAAAUGUAUUGGUUUGGGGGCUAAAAUAAUAAUAUAACUCGACUUAUGUCGAUUGAUUAUACGGUUAUGUUGUAGGCACCAUGGUCUCUUACAUUUUGGGUGUCGUACGAAAAGAUACGACAAAUAACAGGAGCUCCAAGCUUCUAA